CGUUAUUGUCUUAUAUUUAAUUAGUUUUUAUUACGCAAAUUGCAAAUGGAAGAGGCCAAUCGAAUUUCCCGAAAGGGGUCUGAAUUUGAGGGCAACCAUGAAUGGAGCUCGGCGGCACAGGCUUAUAGGCGCGCAGCGGAGAUUUACAGAAGCAUUACAUUAUUUGACCAUGAUCCCGUUGCAAUGCUGUCCUUAACAACACUUGUUAACAAGCAUGUGCGGUGGGCAGAGCAUUGCGAGCGUGAACUCGGGAGGCAGGGGUUGCGUGGAAUAUCUGCCAGCAGGACCGACUUGUCUUUCCAGACGGAGCGCGAUGCUGCUGGUGAUUCUGCUGCUGCUCUUCCAGCCGGAGAAGGCCUGUAUGAGUCCAUUUACGCGGCUGCUGAUUUUGCAAGACAGAGCCAAAACGAAGAGAGCGAGUUUGAGAGCUUUUGGCAGUAUAUGCAAAACUGGCUGGCGGAUCCAGUGGCAUUUACUAGGCCACUUCUCCCCUCAGGCCAGCGCAUUCUUGAAACCAGAGUGGGCAUGAAUAAUGACACACAUAUAAGCUCAUCUCCGCCACAUGGGAUUAUGGAGUCGUUCUAUUUUGUUGGUUCCAAUCCUGAACAGGGCGCCAGUAUGUAUGCACACACCACGGCUGCUAACACACCCAAGGUUGUAACGCCCCUGCAAGCUGUCGAAGAAGUUGAAGAGCCUGGCGGAGAGCCAACUCUGACAGAUAAUGUGGCGGCUGUGACAACUGAACUAGUCGGGACAAUAACCAGUGCCGAGGAGCUGCGCGACGUAAGUGAUACUACCAACACCAAUGUUCGUUUGCAUGCAUUGCUGGAAGAAAACCAGAAGCUCCGGUCCUUGGCAAGGCAGCUUAACGAGCGCAUUCGUACACUCGAGUCUGCCGCCCAAGAGAACAACAUGCUUAAAAGCAGCAUUCUCAAUUUUCGCGAGGAGUUCCACCGACAUGCAAAUGCUGUGUCCCUGCCGCGGAAGUACGAGCCUGCACCAGUCUAUCGACGCGCUCAAACACCCCCCACCAGCGGGGCCGCAGCCGCAAACGAAUUGGUGAUAAGGCAGCUCAAGUCCCAGCUGGAUACGUUGUCGCUGGAUAAUUCAAAGCAGAAAGCACAGGUGAGCAAGUACCGUGAGCGAUGGGAGAAGCUCAAGGAGUCGGCCAAACGCAAACGACAGCUGCAAGAGCAACACACUCAGAGUCCGCAGCAGUAGCUAUUUACAUUUACAUUUGUAUUACUAAUUAAGCCAAAUGCCGAAAAAGAUGAGGACUCAUCUGUUUGUACAUGGGGUCAUAUAUUUUCUUAAAACUUUGGCGCAAAGUGGCUGAUAUCCUUGACGAUUAUGUGGCUACAUGUCAAAUUGAAAAUUACUUUUACUGUGCAUUGUGUCAAUACCAUUUGCGCGCUUUAUAUGGACUGCAGGUGUAAGCAUUCACGAUUUCUGUGAAACAAAGUUGACAAGUCUGGGUUUUAACGGUAGCACUGAGGCACACAUUACUUUUAUAAUCUGUGUGGAGUUUGCGCUUGUGCUGUACAAAUGGAAAAUACAGAAAAUACACAACUUGCCCUUUACUUGCGCGCAGGCAUAUAUAAACAAACACACAGGGCGUUGGAUAUAAUAUUUCCACACACACCAGCAC